AUCUGAGCUUAAUUCCUCCUUCUCGACUAGGUCUGAUUUGCGUGACAGUAAGCUAACAUAAAGACAUGGACCUUCACAAGGAAGUCAGUGCUGCUAAAUUAACUGAUGAUCUAGUGGUUGAUAUCCUCUCCCGGUUGAAUUACAAGUCUUUUUGCCGCUGCAAGUGUGCCUAUAAGGCAUGGUCUGCUUACUCCUCUGAUCCAGACUACCGCCAGAAGCUGCCCAAACCCACUGGCCUUUUGUACCAAGGCCACAAUAAGUCUGCUAUCUCGCUUGUUAGCCUGUCCCAAGACGAUGGAGAAGUCGGUGGAAUUCUUGCUUACGUGCCACAUUAUGAGCAUUUAGAAUUUCUUGACUGCUACAAUGGUCUUAUCCUUUGUAAGUACAGGAGCAGCUAUACUUCUCCAGGCAUUUGCCGCUUUGUUGUGUGCAACCCAGCAACACGAGAGUGGAGAAUACUUCCUGAUACACAUCCUGGGACAGAGGACCCUCGCUGUGUAACUAUUUUGGCGUUUGAUCCAUCAUGGUCACCACAGUUCUACAUCUUCAAUUUCCAUCUGGAACAUGUACUUGGUUUGAUACAAUAUCAGCAUGGGGAAACUCAACAAGAUACAAGACGUCUGUAUGUGGCAUCAGUACUAUGUCUAUAUACCAUGCUACUCAGAGCUUCCAGCCCAAGAACCUUCGGUUGACUGAAUGUCAACUUCUGUUCAAUGUGCAUCUGUGGCUGUUCUGCUGCGAUUUGCUGAACCACCUUGUAUAUUACGCUGGUCGUUGUCAUCCGUGUGACAGUCCAGGAACCCUGUUUUUUUUUUUUUACUUUGUUGGCGCAGAGCUUGUUUUCCUUUCUGACCAGAAGAUAAAUAAGCUUCUUUCUUACAACAUCAGCACCGGGAAAUUCAACGAGAUGUGAGACGGCUUCGAGCAGUGUCAAUACCAUGUCUAUGUGCCAUGCUACCCAGAAGUUCCAGCUCAAGAGUCUUCGGUGUAGUUAGUGUCAUAUUCUGUUCUGUAUGCCACUGGGACUGCUAGCUCUCUGCUUUAGAUGCUCAACCACCUUGCAUAUUCUGGUUGUCGGUGUUAUCUAUGUGGCAGUGUGUGUGUCUAGUCCAAGAACCUUCUCUUUUUAUUUUGUUGUGAUGCCGAGUUCCUCUAGUAACCUAAAUUGUUCCCAGAUUACUACCUUGCUUAAUUUGUUAUAUGUAAGAUUACAUCGUCUUUCUUA